AGUAACAAUCAAAACCAAACACAACCUAAAGCAUAACCACAUAAUAAUAAUUCUUACUAUUAUUAGUCAAACUACUACUCACUUAUCUUCUUGAACCCCAAUCAUGGACAAGCCAACCACCACCACCACUCACACUCUAUCACCGUCGCUGUUGCCGCCACCACCACCAUCAUCGCAGCUUGUUUUCAAUGCUCCUCCGCUCUCCCCCGCUCAAAUUGCGAUCCUUAAUACCCCGCCGCCGCCUUUUCCGGGCGGUUCGAGCUCCUUCGACCUCUCUCCCCUCGAAUUCCUCCUCGCCAUCGUUGCCAUGGUCACACUGCCCGCCGUAAUCUACACCUUUAUCUUCGCCUACGGCUGCCCGUCUUGCCGCCGGCAACCGGAGCGAAAUUCCGGCGAGCAUUCCAGUGAGUCCCGCGACGGGGACAGCGUCAUCGCCACCGCUGUUGCUGAAUUUCGGUACCAGAAGGACUCUCACGUGAAGGAGAUAGGCAGCGAGUGUCCGGUAUGCUUGUCGGCUUUCGCCGACGGCGAGAAACUCCGGCAACUUAGCGAUUGUAAGCAUUCGUUUCACGCUGACUGCAUCAACUUGUGGCUCAGCAACCACACGAAUUGCCCAAUUUGCCGCUCCAUCGUCGCCGGCGCUGGCAGAAAGCGCCCCAGUUCAUCUGCUCCGGCAAGAGAUCAUCAUGAUUUUCAUCAAGGUCUUCCUGAUGCAUCCGGUUUGGUAUGAACAUUUAAUUUCUUUUCUUGCCUUUUUUAUUUUUCAAAAUUCAUUUAAUAUAUAGAAAAUGUUGUGAGUUUUAAUUUUAAAGGUGUGUAGUGGAAUUUGAAAUUGGAUAUAGAGGAAAAAAAAAGAAAAAUGAAAAAAAAAAAGAAAAGGAUGAAAGUUUGUUAGGGAAAUAUAUAAAAUCACACCGUCCAAAAGUUUGUAUAUGAAUAUAAUGUCCUAAGGGAUAAAUCAUAAAUGAUAUAGUUGAUACUUGACAGUUCAACGAAGCAAUGAUAAACUUUAUUUAGCAA